AUUGUAUCUCUUGUUGAACCAACCUCUAAAGAUUCUGUUUUUUUUUGUGGUAAAGUUUGGUUCUUUAUAUCUCAAAUCGAGUUCUUGUUCGAAGAAAGAUGUGGUGGAUGAUGGGAGAAAACGGUGGUCACUACUGUUCUAAAAAGUCCGAUGAUUUAUGUGGAACUCAGGAAUCAGAUCGAGGCUUUGGUAUUUCAAGACUCUGUUGUAUCUUGCGUGGUGUUGAUUUAAAAUCGAUUCUGUUUCUCUUAGUAAUCGUACCAAUGUGUGUUCUUGGUGUAUACAUUAACGCUCUCAAGAUUUCAUAUUUCUUGAGACCUUUAUGGGAAUCACCACCAAAACCAUUCCAUGAGAUACCGCAUUAUCACCACGAGAACGCUUCUAUGGAAUCUCUUUGUAAACUCCAUGGUUGGGGAAUUCGUGAGUACCCUCGUCGUGUCUAUGACGCUGUUUUGUUCAGUACUGAAGUUGAACUUCUCACGAUACGGUGGAAAGAACUGUAUCCAUAUGUUACUCAGUUUGUUCUGCUUGAGUCUAACUCGACUUUCACCGGAUUACCAAAACCGCUUGUUUUCGCGGGGCAUAGGGAUGAGUUUAAGUUUAUUGAGCCACGGCUGACUUACGGGUCGAUUGGAGGAAGGUUUAAGAAAGGAGAGAAGAAUCCGUUUUACGAGGAGGCCUAUCAGAGAAUCGCAUUGGAUCAGCUUUUACGAAUUGCGGGUAUUACCGAUGAUGACUUGCUUAUUAUGUCUGAUGUUGAUGAGAUCCCGAGCAGACAUACGAUAAAUCUUCUCCGUUGGUGUGAUGACAUACCGAAAAUCCUUCAUCUUAGACUGAAGAAUUACUUGUACUCGUUUGAGUUCCCGGUCGAUGAUAAGAGUUGGAGAGCAUCAGUUCAUAGGUACCAGACUGGUAAAACGAGGUAUGCGCAUUAUAGGCAGUCUGAUGUGAUCUUGGCGGAUUCAGGGUGGCAUUGCAGCUUCUGUUUCAGACGGAUAAGCGAGUUUGUGUUCAAAAUGAAAGCUUAUAGUCAUUACGAUAGAGUGAGAUUCGGGCAUUACUUGAACCCGAAAAGGGUUCAAAGAGUUAUAUGCAACGGAGCGGAUCUCUUCGAUAUGAUUCCCGAGGAAUACACGUUUAAAGACAUUAUCGGUAAAAUGGGUCCGAUCCCGCAUUCUUAUUCCGCGGUUCAUCUUCCCGCAUACCUACUGGAGAAUGCAGAGAAGUACAAGUUUCUUCUUCCGGGGAACUGCUUGAGAGAUGAGGAAUGAAUUGGUUAUUGUAACUAAUAUGAUAUGGAACACUACUACUAACUCAUGAUUAUUAAUUCUUUGGUGAAUUAUUUUUUGAAAGAGUUCAUGGCGAUUUUAUUGGUUACUU